UGAACAGCUCAGAGCUCGGACUGCAAAGGUGCAAAGCUACUGGUCCCGUUACUUCCGACAUGGCCAAGAAACGAGAACGUCGAUCCGCGCCGAGUUCAGCCAACAGCGAUAACCGUGUCGAAUCGUCCACCCGACGCGAUAAACGGGGUGACUCGGUUUCAGGUUGCAAACUCGUUUCCUUCUUGGUCCUCUUCUUCAUCGCGUCUUCCACCAUUUCCGUGAUCGUGUACCAGUUUAAGUACUCUCAUACGCACACAUAUCAACAAGACAUUGUGAAAGCCGAUUUAAGUUGCCAAGAUGUGCUGACUGAGAAUUCGAAAGUAUCAGAAAAUACUUCUCGACGGCACUAUGAUUAUCCUGUGCUUGGCUACGUUACUCCGUGGAAUUCCAAGGGUUAUGAAUUGGCAAAACGUUUCAACUCAAAGUUCACACAUUUAUCACCUGUUUGGUAUGAGUUGAAGAGCCAACAGAAUAGCUUAGUUUUGAAGGGAAGACAUAAUGCUGACAAGGGAUGGAUCUCAGAGCUUAAAAAUACACGAGAUGCUUUGAUUUUGCCUAGAGUUGUCUUGGAAGCAUCGCCAGUAGAGUUGUUGACAAAGAAGAAACAAAGGAACAAAGCUAUUAACCUUAUAAUCACAGAGUGCAAGGAAAUGGGAUAUGAUGGUAUUGUCUUGGAAUCUUGGUCGAGAUGGGUAGCUUAUGGGAUCUUGCAUGAGCCAAACAUGCGAAAUUUGGCGUUGCUGUUUAUAAAACACCUUGGAGAAGCUUUGCAUUCUGCAUCAGGCAGAAAUGUUGAACAGCAGUUGCAGUUGAUUUAUGUCAUAGGCCCACCAUCUUCAGAGAAGCUCCAAGAGCAUGACUUUGGUCCAAAAGAUCUUGAGAGCUUGAGUGAAGCUGUGGAUGGAUUUUCUUUAAUGACAUAUGACUUCUCCAGUCCUCAUAACCCAGGCCCUAAUGCACCAUUGAAGUGGAUUCAGUUUACUUUGAAUCUGCUUCUUAGCACCCCUGGCCACAGAGCCAAGAGCCUCACCAAUAAGAUACUCCUUGGCAUCAACUUUUAUGGAAAUGAUUUCUCCCUUUCCAGAGGUUCAGGAGGGGGAGCUAUUCUCGGAAGGGAUUACCUAUCACUUUUGGAGAAGCACCGCCCUUUACUACAGUGGGAUGAGAAUAGUGGUGAGCAUUUCUUCUUUUACAUUGACGACGAGGAUAAUAAGCACGUCGUGUUCUAUCCUUCUUUAAAGUCAAUUUCUUUGCGCCUAGAGGAAGCCCGUUUAUGGGGAUGUGGUAUUUCAAUCUGGGAAAUUGGCCAAGGUUUGGAUUACUUUUUUGAUCUUCUAUGAAAGCGACAAACAGCAGGUUUUAAUAUUACCCAUUACUCAGGCUGGAGCUUGUUUGUUUAAAAAGCUUUGUUAUUUGUCCAAGAUUCCAAGUGACUGCGUUUGUCCUGUUGAGAUUUGUUCUUUGUCUUAUGGUAAUUUUUUGAGUUGAUAGUUCUCUUCUUAAACGAUCUUUCUUUUGAUCUUUCAUAUGUCAA